AUGGAACAAAGGAGCAAUGUAACUGAGUUUGUCCUCUUGGGGCUCACUCAGAGCCCCCAGGGUCAGAAAAUACUCUUUGUCAUCUUCUUGCUCAUCUACACGGUGACCAUGGUGGGCAAUCUCCUCAUUGUCCUGACUGUGGUGGUCAGCCCAACCCUGGAUGCCCCUAUGUACUUCUUUCUUGGCAACUUAUCAUUUACGGAUGCUGUCUAUUCUACUACAGUCACCCCAAAUAUGAUUACAGACUUAUUCUAUGUGAGAAAAACCAUUUCAUUCCAAGCUUGCAUGAUCCAACUUUUUACAGAGCACUUAUUUGGUGGUGCUGAGAUUUUACUCCUGGUUGUCAUGGCCUAUGACCGCUACGUGGCCAUCUGCAAACCUUUGCAUUACAUGACAAUCAUGAAUCAAUGGAUAUGCAUUCUGUUACUGCUGUUAGCCUGGGCUGGUGGGUUUUUACAUGCGAUCACUCAUAUUCUCUUUUUUUACAACCUUCCCUUCUGUGGUCCCAAUGUCAUGGACCACUUCGCAUGUGACAUGUACCCCUUGUUAAAACUGGCCUGCACUGACAUCCGUAUUAUCGGCUUCACAGUGCUGGCUAAUGACGGGGCCAUCAGUGUGGUCAUCUUCACACUGUUACUCAUCUCCUAUGGGGUCAUCCUGCGCUCCCUGAAGAAUCUUAGUCAGGAAGGCAGGCACAAAGCCUUGUCCACCUGUGGCUCCCACAUCACUGUGGUGGCCCUCUUCUUUGUGCCCUGUCUUUUUCUGUAUGUGAGACCUCCUUCCACGUUACCCAUUGAUAAAUACUUGGCUGUGUUUUACACCAUUGUCACCCCUAUGCUGAACCCUCUCAUCUAUACUCUGAGAAGCGGUGAGAUGCAGAAUGCCAUGAAGAAGCUCUGGAUCAGAAGAAGAAAAUGA